AUUGUCCAACUUUUCUGUUCACACAUCUACUCUCUUUAUUCGUUUACCUGCCCGUAGGCAAAGUGUGCGUUAUGGAUCCAUCUUUGAUAUCAAUCUUUUGUCAAGUUCUUUAUCGAGAGCUGUGAUCAGAUUCUUAGAUGAAACAUUUUACAUGACUUCAUCAUUAUUCAGCAUUAGAGUAUGAUUAUCUUGAACGAGGAAGGUGCAGUGUAAAAGGAUAUCAAAAAUCCUAAAAGAGUGCAACGUCGACCCCGAUAGGCUAAAAACCCGACUCUGGCUAAAGCUGGACACACUUUCCAUUUUCCGAUUAUGAAAUUAUGGUUAUGUCCACAUUUCCAGUGCUUUAAGUGGAACAUGAGACAACCGGAUCUCUAAUUAGGACUAAGUAUAUACAUUAUUAAUCUGACAAUUUACCAGACAGAAUUGAUAUUCUUCAAUAAAGAGUUGAAACCAAGGCAGCCUGAAGUUGGAGAGAUCUCGAACUUGUGGUGUCAAACUUAAUUGCAAACAUUUCGCGCCGGAUAGCAGGUGAACUACACUUAUGCGGAAAUAAUAAUGCAGUUUAAUUUUUAUUGGGUCAGUUUCAUUGUAUACUGAAGUGGACUUUUAUUUCUGUAGUAAAGAUUGUAAUAAAAAAUGUGUCAGUCGAUAUUAAAGCGAAGGGCGACCCUAUUUUUCUUGGUGACUUGUGGAAGCAUUGCCUGCAUGAUCCUACUGGGGAUUGCUCUUGGUACAACCAGCUGGGUGAGGGCUUAUCUUACUCGUGAUAUCACUAUCUUCAAUACCUCACAACCUCUAAGGGGGUUUCUGGGUUCGAAUCCCAUCGAAGACGAUGAUCCAGGGGCGUUCAAUGGCGUAUCUUUCUUCGGACUCUUUUAUGGAUGCAAGAAAUUCAAUUAUGGACUUGGAGGACGAAAAUACAACUGCUAUUCAGUUUUUAGCGAACACGCUACAGUCUACAACACGAGUAUGGUGAUCGUUGUCAUCAUCUUCCUCAUCCCCGCUGCCAUCUUCGCUCUCAUCUCAACCAUCUUCGGACUCGUCAACAUCUUGACCGUUCCCAUAGAUACCCUACAUGGACCAAUCGGCCUCUACAUCUGGAAUCUGAUAGGAGUUUUGUGCAGUGCGAUAUCCAUCAUCGUCUAUCUCGUUAUCUACAUCACUCAAAUCCGCUUUCAAGUGCUCAACCGUACCGAUCGACAACCUCCUCAUAACUUCAACACGAGUCGGGUCGACUUCGGAUUCUCCUUCUGGCUCGUUGUCGCAACCUUCAUCAUCUUCUGUGUCAACAUCCUUCUCGUCUUCCUCGCCCAGCUGGUGGAGAACCCGCACCUCCUCAGCAGCAAGAAGAAGAAAAUGAAUGUGAGCGGGAAGGGAGGCGACAUCGGACUGGGCAUCAUGUACUGAUAACAAAAAGUGACUGAAUGACUGAAUUCUUCGUUGAUGCAAGGCGAAUAUGGAGUUUUCGCUUUCCAAACGCAUGACGGAUUCUAGAACACAGUAAAUAUAUUGAAAAUACCCGCUCGUCAAAUGGCAAUGAACUGCUCGGAGACCUUUGUCGAAAUUGUACACCGGGAACAGCACUUUAGUCGUAUGUUUCGGAGGUGACGAAAAUGGCAAUUGCGUCGCUUUGUCUAGAGUCCGGGAUGAAACUACUGUUUUGAUUCACUAGUUUUCGACAAAGACUUCUUAGUUGUUCGUUGUCAUGAAGGGAAUUUGGCCAUACAUUUUCUAUGUUCUUGAGUCGUUCUUGCAUUGUAGAAAUGAAAUCUCCCUAAUUAUCAUGGAGGGCGAAGUUGUGUGCCCCGACGUUGCAUCAAAAUGAACAUUAGUGGGUUUUUAAUGUCUGCAUAAUACAGGAUAACAUCGUUUCACAUAAUGACCAAAUCCUAAGAUGGAGGGAAGGGGUUGGUAAUGUUUUCAGAUCUAUAUAAACAGCAAUAGAUGAUUGAAUCCAUGAAUGAAUAAUACAUACAUGAAUACGCAUGUAAAAUGGAAUCAAACGGCUUAUUACAUUUAAUUUAAAUCAAGACGUUGGAGUAGGAGGGACAUUUUCAUUUAAUAUUGGACCGAAGAGAGUUUGAGAUGGUUGUCUUGGAAAUGAUAUUGAAUGUGAAUACGAAUUAGAUGACCAAUUUGAAAAUUAAAAAUUGUAAAAUAAAUUUCUCAACUCACACAUAAAAACAUUAUUGUUUAUUAGUAAACAUACAGGGCAAAUUCUUAAUUCAUAAUUCACGUGGAAUAAUAGCAAGUAAUGUAUUAUUUUGAUUAUGUAAGAGACUAUAUUAUUCCAAUUAACACUUUUCUCGAAUGUUGCUGCUUAGACUGAAUUAUAUUCGACUUUGUAUGGCAUUUUAUCUAACUUUAUUUUUAUUCAAGUAUAUAAGCACAGUACUAAAUGCAAUGCUUCUUAGUAAGUAUUGAGAUGCAAGCUAGCCUUAUCAUAUCUUAACUUAGCCAUUAUAUUCGUUAUUAUUACACAUUAGCCUUAAUCUUGUCCAUGCUUAGAUAUCUAAGAUAAUAUACAGUACAAUAUGAAUUUUUAUGAUGCAUUUUCUAUUGCUCAUGCUGCGGGGACGGUACACAGUAUUACAGUAGUACUGUCUAAUUUACACACAAAAUGUCAGUGAUAAAUUUGACAAAAUUACUAAAGUAAGACUGCAGCACUCGCAGUACAUUUUUGUAGUUAUUAGUUAUUUAAGAGUAAAUGUAAUCGAGAUUAUUAUUAUUUUCAAUUUUAUGUCACAACUAACAAGUUCAAUAUAUUCUUAUCAAAAUUUAUCGUGAUAAUUUUCUCAUUACACAAUAAAUAAAUGAAGCAGAAGUAAGGAUUACAGUAAUAAAAAAGGUUUAAUAAAUCAAUCUGUUUUGGUUUCAAUAAUUUAGAUUUUUGUUAAAAAGUGGUCGUUGUUAUUUAAGCAGUACGAAAACACACAAAAUGAUAUAAAUAACAUAUCACGUUAUUAACCAAUGUAGCAUGUGAUAGAACGUUUACUGUUGUAAAACCGUGCUGUAAAUAAAAUUUAUACGAUAAUACAA